GAUGUUAAUGCAAGACAUAAAACAUUUUCAUUUCGCUUUUGCAAGAAGCAGUUUUGUCUCCAGAACCGUCUGUCGCCCUAAUCACAAUCUUACUUUUUUCUGUCACUAAAAUAACAAGAUUUAACAAUGGAAGCCGUUAAAAAGAAGAUGAACAAUUUAAAAGAAAAGCUGGACGAAGCAGAGAGAAAGGCUUCCAAAGCACAGGAUGAGUUGAACGAGGCAAACCAAAGGGCAGAUGAGGCCGAAAGUGAGGUUGAAAGCCUUACUAAACAAUUAGAAGAGUUGGAAGACGAACUCGAUGCUGCAGAAUCAACUUUAGCAGAAGUGAAUUCUCAGUUGACAACGGCAGAAGCCAGUGCGGACGAGAGUGAACGGGCCAGAAAAGUAUUGGAGACUAGAGGUCAAUCUGAUGAUGAAAGGUUGGCUCAACUGCAAGAACAGUUAAGGAGAGAUCAAGAACUAGCUGAAGAAUCACAAAGAAAAUAUGAAGAAAUUGCUGAACAUAUUAAUCAACUAGAACAAGAAUUGGAUGAAAAGGAAGAACAGGCCCAGGAUGCUGAAAUUCGUGCAAAGGCCUUAGAAGAAGAAGUUAAUCUUGUUGGAAAUAACUUGAGAAGUCUACAAAUCAGUGAAGACCAAGCUGUGGAACGUGAAGGUGGCUAUGAGGAAAAGAUUAGGCAAUUAGAGCAAGAAUAUUCUAUGGCAAAUGAAAGAGCAGAAGCUGCUGAGAAAAGAGUGAAGGAACUAGAGGAGGAAACUGAUGAUUUGGAAGCUCAAUUAGAGGAUGCAAAGUCUGAGUAUGAGAAAGCCAAGACAGAACUUGAUCAGACACUUCAAGAGUUGGAUGAGAUGUAGCCUUUAUGUUGAGAAAAGAAUGUGAAAAUCAAUUGGAGUUUUUGUUUGUGCAAAUUCUCAGCUAGGAAAAUGUAAAGUAAUCAAAUGUAGAAAAGUUAAAAUAGUUUUCUUUUAUUAUCUUUUAACAAAUAUCUUAUGUAUUCACCUGGUAAUGGUAGUGACUGUUUAUUUUGCUUAAGAAUUAAAUUUUUUAAAAUUA